CUUGGGGUUGAUCUCCACCACUAACCCAGCUUGACCGUCAUCAUCUUUGUCGUUUUCUUAGCCAUUUUACCCAUUGCACCAGCAAAUUGAAGAAUAACUAAUUGUUUGUGAUUAGAAGGAUUAUGAGAACAAGUACAACAUUCAGCUCACAACGUCCAGGGGGUGAGAACACUCUACCACUACAGGAAGGUUUAGGUUGGCGCAAUGUGAAACACUUGCUUUCCAAUUAUUUGUUAUAGUGGCCUGAAUAGUUCAUUUUCACACCGAGAUGAAUAGCAGAAUAAUUGAUGGAAUGAAUCCGAGCCUCACGCGUAUCACCUGUGGAAGGCGGGAUUGUAAUAUCGUUCAACCGAAGUUGCGAGAGUGCGUCUCCCCCAUAGUACACAACAUGACCAAAAGUAUGUGGACACCGCUCGUCGAACAUCUAAUUACAUGGCAUUAAUAUGGAGUUGGUCUCCCAUUUGCUGAUAUAACCACCUCCACUCUUCUGGGAAGGUUUUCCACUAGGUUUUGUAACAUUGAUGCGGGCACUGAUGUUGGGCGAUUAGGCCCGGCUCACAGUCGCCAUUCCAAUUCAUCCCAAAGGUGUUUGAUGGGGUUUUGGUCAGGGCUCUGUGCAGGCCAGUCAAGUUGUGCAGGCCAGUCUCAACAAACCAUUUCUGUAUGGACCUCGCUUUGUGCACGGGGGCAUUGUCAUGCUGAAACAGGAAAGGGCCUUCCCCAAACUCUUGCCACAAAGUUGAUAGCACAGAAUCGUCUAGAAUGUCAUCGUAUGCUGUAAGGUUAAGAAUAGUUUAUCUAUCAACAACAAUUAGAGCUGCAAAAGCAAGCAAUGACAUUAAAAAUCACAGAUAAAUCUAACAUGCAUUGAAGUAAAAAGCAAACUAUGUUUGGCAUAUUUUUAUAUGCAAUGUAAUCAGGAUUCCACGAGGGAAAACCAAUGAAUUAUUCAUUUCUGGCAUGGUGGCCAGGGCCAUAAAGGUUGUAACGUACCAUUUAGAGCUGCAGCCUCCUCGAUGAAGUGCUGAACAUCAUGAGAAGUUUCUGAUUCCAUUCUCCUUCCUGGCAAAAUUUUGUUGUCAGUUCCCUCUCGAAUGCCAGCUGAACAAGCUGUGUCUGUGUUCAAUGAAUACGUUCUUUAUGAUGAAGGAAUUUUUACACAUUGCUGUAAAUGCCCCCAAAUGUUAAUCCAUGUUGCAGUACCAAUAGCGCAGUCUGCAUUACUGACAUAGGCCCGCAAUAUCUCUGAAGAACACUGAGCGUGGUACAUUUGUUUUGUUGCUGGCUGUGGUUGCAAUUUAACUUUACAAGAAUGUGCAAGCCACAAUAAACUCCUCUUCCACUGGUUCAGUUUUGGUGAGAUCCAACAAUGGCUUGACCAUGUUCACAUCCAAACAGUUUGGGCUCUCAGGAUCCAUGGCACAUAAGAGCUUCCGACCAGUUGACUAUUUACUUUGCUAAAUCGUGAUGCCAUUUCCCCCAGCACGGCAUCUAAAGUGCUCAAGAACAGUCAUUUACACUCCCUCUCUUCUCUAUCAACAGGCUGACCCAGUGUUCUUUCAACUACAUACUCUUGCAGAGUUUUACUCGUGAGGCUCUGCCGUUUGCUCGGAGCUGGUGUGCUUGUGCCACCUGGCAUGCCUCCCAAGGAUUUUUCAGCGCACUCAUACGUACUGCGGACAAGUUUGACACCAGUGUGCAGAUCAAUAGCUUCAUACUGCAGUAACUUGUUAGGAAGGUCGAGGAGCCCCAGGAUUUUGUGAGUCAACUUAAAAAACUUGUCUCUGUCACUGCUUUCAAUAAGCCUGUGGCCUCAAGUCUCACAUCUGUGCCAUAUGCACAAGUAGAUUUGAUUUCACCCAGCAUCUCUGUGAUAUUGUCACUUGAUUUCAAAAUGACUGACACCGUGGCCUCUAUCUCUGAUCAAGAAGUCAUUUCAAAUUUUUCCCAGUGUACGGUGGAGCCAUCGUGGGUUUCCUAAAGAAAUUGUACUGGGAGCUACACACAUUGAAAAAGUAUAGAGUAAGUGUCAAGACAAACCUGUACUGGCUCCUCAUCACCCAGGUAGUGAGGUGCUAGUGGUUGGGGUAACAGAAGUGCAGGUGCUUGUUGUGAUCAUACUCUCGUGCUGCUGGUGCUAGGCCAUGGCUCUUCUUGAUCUUGCUGGUCAGCAGGCAGCACGGGGGGAAGGGUGGGUAUUGCAUUGGUUGCUAGGCUCCUCGACCUCUGUGGUCGGGCUAGCAGGCUGCUAGGUGAGCUCAGCAUCAGUCUGGACAUGGUGGUCCUCCAGUUUUUUUUGCUCUUGGCAGUGCCCAGCUAUUUUCGGAUACCCAUGCUGAUCAAAGCUUAGCCAACUAGCUAUAAUUAUUCAUUGCUGUCACGCCCUGACCUUAGAGAUCCAGUUAAUUCUCUAUGUUGGUUAGGUCAGGGUGUGACCUAGGGUGGGUAAUCUAGUUUUCCUACUUCUUUGUUUGGCCUGGUAUGGUUCCCAAUCAGAGGCAGCUGUUUAUCGUUGUCUCUGAUUGGGGAUAAUACUUAGGCAGCCUUUUUCCCACCUUAGUGUUUGGGAUCUUGUUUUUGUGUAGCUGCCUGUGAGCAGCCCAGAACUUUACGUUUCAUUUGUAUCUGUUGGUUUUUCGGUGUUCAUUUAAUAAAUUAAGAUGUACGCCUACCACGCUGCACCUUGGUCCACUCAUUCCAUCAACGAGCGUAACAAUUGCGCCACUACCAAAACGUGUAAUUGUUUUUAAUAACCUGCCCAGGGACUGUGGUUGAAAAAUUAGCCGGCUGGCUAAAACCGCCACUUUUACUGAAACGUUGAUUACUGUGCACUGUCCCUGUGAAAAUAAAAUAAACUCAAAUGAAGCCAGCUGUAGCUGUCUGUGAGAAGAAAAUAAUAAUAAUUUGACAAAUUCUAUGUGGGGGGUCCAUUCCCAACUUUGCCAUCCCAUAAAGGUGGUCCUAGUGGAGACGAAGAAUCAGUGAAACUAAUUCUUAGUGACAUAACAUCACUGAGACGUUUGUUCACAAACAUCUUGUAAUAUUCUAGUUAUCUUCUUAUCUACACACACACACUCGCUCUCUCACACAAACACACAUGCACACACUCACUCAGGACCUCCUCCCAAGCUUACUCAACCAUCAAAUCUUCAGAAAACUUUGUAAAAGCAAAGGAACUAGGGCUUUACAAUGAUGGUGAAAAUAAAUUGCCGACAUUUUUAGUUUAAGUGGAUUAAAAUCUUACUAUAAGUUGGAAAAACAUGAGGAGGGACAUGUCAAAAUGCAGAUUUUCUGAGUUUUCCAUGUGGGCUUUUAAAAGUUACAUAUUGGUGCAGAAUUUCUACUUCAAUUAUCUAAGUGGACCGACACUUCAAGUAAGCUGUAUCCACAGGGAAUGGUCACUGGAUUUUAUUGUUUAAUUUAACCUUUAUUUAGCUAGGCAAGUCAGUUAAGAACAAAUUCUUAUUUACAAUGACAACCUACUGGGGAACAGUGGGUUAAUUGCCUUGUUCAGGGGCAGAACGACAGAUUUUGCCUUGUCAGCUCGGGAUUCGAUCCAGCAACCUUUUGUUUACUGGCCCAACGCUCUUGAGCUCUAACCUGUCACCCCAGUAGAUCCAGAUAGAUUGAAAAACGGAUCAAGUCUAUGGCCUCUGCCAUGUUGAUACACAAACUAACAGUCUGAGCAGCGGAGUGUAAGUAUAAGUUACAACUGUUUGUACUGAGGAGUAGGAGUGGCUUCCACUGAGCUCAGCUGUAUACUGUCAAAGUUCACUUCCUGGUUUUGUGAAACCUAACCCUGAGGACAGAAAGUAUUUGCGUUGGGUUAUAUAGUAAAUAAAGGACUCCUGAGGCAUCAUCCAGCAAGAAAUGUGUUGUUCUGCUUUCUCUCUCGAUGCAAACUGGUCAAGCGAAGCAGACCGAAACAAGUUGCAGUCUGCCGCAGCAGUAGCGGUGAAUCACCUCUGUGGAAAUGAUUAAUCAUUGGAAUUCAGGGCCAGCUGAACACAAUAGAUGUGAAAGUGGAAGAGAGUCACUGAUGCUAUGUUUCGCUUGAGCAAAGAGGGGGACGGCAUAUUCUCACCAGGGUAAAGUAGAAUAGCUGCUAGAAGAUGACUCAGCAUUCAGGCAGCUUGCAGACUUGAAUGGUACAGAGAUGACUGCUUUGUGCACAAUUCUUGCGGCACUCACCGUGAUCUCCUGUGUGUUGGGGGACAAGUCCGGACAGUACUCCUACGGCUCUGGUGUCACAGAGGCAGCCAACUUUGCCAUUGACUUCCAUAAUCGCAUGAACAAAUAUGCUUUUGCGUACAAGGUCGUCGACAUUCUAUCUGCCACACCACAGAUUUACCCUCCUGCUCGGGUGAAGCACACCAUGACUGUCAAAGUGGGAGAGACUGUGUGUAAGAACGAAGCCAAUGUAAACUUGGCUGAUUGCAGACUGCAGAACUCUCAGAAUCUCAAGACUAUGAUCUGCCAUUUUGUUGUGCUUGAUGUCCCACAUUCUGCCUUUCCGACUCCAAGCUACCUUCUGAUGGACCAGUGUAAUUGACAUGGACUUGGAAUUUAAGUUUGUCAAAGCAUUCUGGAAUGAGCUAACCGUGCUGCUGCAUCACCACCAUACAUCUACAAUUCUUUAAAAGCAUCGUAUUGUCAACACAAACAAAAUAUUUGAAGCUUGACAUUUGAUUCACAGUCUUUGAACUCCUUUAGUAUGUUUUACAUGUUAUACAUCUUCAAUAAUCCUUUGGCCACCACAGUCAAGUUCUACUGAUUAAUUCAGAGGUUAAUAAAUUACUUUGAAAAGGA